AUGGAAGCCCGUCUCCCGGUGGAUAAACUCACCCGCAUUCAGGAAGCCCUUGGUCAGUGGACUACUAGGAAAUCUGCUACCCUACAGGAGCUACAGUCUCUGAUUGGCACCCUUCAAUUUGCUUGUAAGGUUAUUGCCCCUGGCCGCCCCUUCUUGCAACGCAUUAUCCACCUUACAAAGGGUAUCAAGUUCCCCCAUUGGCAUAUUCACUUCAAUUCCGGUUUCCGUAAGGACAUUUCUAUGUGGCAGCAUUUUCUCCAAAAUUGGAAUGGGGUGUCUCUCUUUUUAGAUACCCAGGCCACCUCUCCGCCGGAGCUUCAGCUAUACACUGAUGCUUCUGGUUCCCUUGGGUAUGGGGGUUUCUUAGCAGGGGAAUGGUUCCAGGGCCACUGGCUCCCCCACCACACCCUCAGCCAAAAAAGGGGUAUUAGUAUUUAA